AACAACCGAAGAAGAUAAAUGGUCCAAUAGCAAAGCUGACAUUUAUGUUUUGAAUGAAACGCGGUUGAUGGCUGUUUGACGCAGGGUUUGUUUAUCCUAUUCUUGUAUAUUUUUGCAACGUUGGUUAAAGUUGGCUGGUGCAAAUUGGAAUCUGUAAACUAAGUGUCCCAACACACCGGAGUAAUGUCCUCCAGGAAGUCACGUUCCACUGGGGAAGGCUUGCCGUCAAGCAAAGGUGGAGAGCGUACCCCUCUGAGAAGUCUGCAGAAUGAAAUGCUGCAUAUGUCAACUCCAUCGAGGUUCAAAUCACGGCUCAAUGCUGAUGUUGUGAAACUGACAAUGGCUCCUUCUUCCACCAAAGUGAUUGAAAUCAAUGCUUCCACCAUUGAUGAUACUACUACUGAGACAGCUUGUGGACUUGGAGAUGUAACAUUUAAAUCUCUUGUCUGUCCUGGUGGGGAGGUUGAGGUUACAGGCUCAUCAGUGUGUGCAGAAGAGAGUAUCAUUUUGCCCAAGGACCAGGCUAUGAAAAACAUGCAAGAAACAGAAGAUACUGACACUAUAAUAGUUCAGUCAUGCAGUGACCACAUUGAUCACCCCUAUUACAAUCCUGAGAUGAAAGAUGCUUCUUUGAUUGACGUUGAUGCAGCAUGUCUCUGUGAAAUUUCAAACUCUAAACUAACCCCUGAAGACUUUGAUAAUAAACACGCCACAAAAGAUUUCAGAGGUUUUCAGAAUGACUGCUUUGAAGAGAAAGAUGUCACUUGGAAAUCCUUUGUCUGUGAUGGAGGUGAGGUGGAAGUUUCUGAUGUCACCAGACUACAAGAGGAGACCAUUCCUCUGCCCAAGGCACAGCUGGGUGAACCUUUACAAUACCACAGUGUAAAUUUAACAAAUCUCUCUGAUUGUGGCCAAUUAUGUCAAGCGGAACACGCAGAUCAUCCUUACUUUAGCAGUGAAAAUGGUGUUUGUGUCGUCACCACCUUCUCUGACACCACAAAUACUCCUGAAAAGCCUGCUGAUGGACUGAGUGAUGCAACCUUAAAAUCAAUUAACUGCAGUGGAGGUGUGAUUUCUGGUGGCACCAAACUUGCAGAUGAGGCUGUUCCUCUACCAGCUGACCAAACUGCAACCUGCAGUGAGUCAUACAAUUAUGGUAUAGAGUCAAGCAUGUUUGCUAGUGACCAAUAUGUGCAAAACAGUAAUGAUCAUUCAGAACACCCACACUGCAAUAUUGAAAAUUACCCAUUGGGGGAACCAUUACCAUUCAGCCUUGAUGUUGUGGAUGAGGAUAAACCGAUAAGCUUGGUGGUGCAAGAUUCUCAGAUUGGCGGACAAGCGAAGAAUACAUUCAGCUCUUUAAUCAGUGCCGGAAGGGACAUUGAAAUACCAAAUGGCACUCGAUUGUCUCAGAAGAUUUCCCCUCUGCCUGACAACCAGGCUGUGAUCUGCCAGCCCCUGGAUGACAAUGGUGUACCUACUUUCCUUACACAGGAUCACAUUCAAGAUGACUAUGAGAAACCUAACGGUCAUGUGGAAAAUGAAGAAGUUGUGGUAGAUCCUGACCCAGCAGCUGUCAGUAUGUCUUCACUGACUAACACAUCUUUAAAGGCAUUGAAUGAUAAAUCUGUUAAGUGUCAAACGCAAGAAACUUCAAAAAAGGAUGUGAUGCAUCCUGUGGACAGUGCACUGCCUACAAUGCUUUAUAGAAUGGAGUCUUCUGACAGCAGCCAUCUUGCAGUUUCGGCAGAGAUUCCAACACUUGUGGAAGUGCGUGAGGAACACGUCUCUCAAGUGCAAAUCAGCAGUGAACCCUAUAAAUCCAGUGAGGACAAAGACUGUGCUCUCAGUUCAUCUGGGAAUGGACCGAUUCUUUGUAAUUCUGCAGAAAAACCUCAGUCAGAAAACCUCCCUAAUGUUUUGAAAGUGCUGUCAGAAUGUCCCUCAGUAGCAUCAGGUUUGCCGUUUGGGUUCCUCAGUCCGACUGUUAGAAGAGCCUCUCUCGCUGUAUUAAAGGCUUUUAAGGGUCCUGCUUUUGACCAAUUUGUGGCUGAAGAUUCUGCUCUCAAGGGUGGAGCGAGCUUUUUGGCUGGUCCUUUUUCAAAUUUAGACCAACCUGGGUUAUGGGGAGAGCACCUGGUAAGCCCCAUGCCACGUCCUCUGUUUAACUCUACAGCACUAGAGUGCAAGACCCAGCCAGAUGUAGUCACUGAGCCCCUUGAUUAUGUGUGUGCAAAGCCUUGUGCAGUGUCCCAGUCAGACCCACUUACUGAGCCCAUUGAGGAUUUGGGUGCAAAGCCCUGUGCAGUGCCUCAGACUGAAGUGGAGGUUCUGGAUAUGCCUAUGAUUCCAGAUGGUUCCCUUCAGCAGCAGCUUCGGCAGAUGGCAGAGUUCCUUUUCUUGGCAUCAGGAAAGAUGGGUCCUGCUGCUAUCUCCACUACAGUUCUGCGUCCUGCUGCUGCUACUCCUGCAGAAUCCCACAGUGUAUGUGUGGGCACCACUCCUGUUAAAUGGUUAGACCACAGCGUCAAUACAUCUGGCCAAUUUGAGCGAAAGAGGGAUUUCUCUGUGGUUGAUUCCUGCACGCUGACUGACCCUCUCCUGUGGAAUCUACCUCCGGGCGGUCUUGAGGGUCUCCCCAGAAAAGAGUUGGAGCAAGGGUUAAGGUCUAGCAUGAUCAUGGUUGAGGCUCUUGUGCAGCAGUUGGCUGCAGCCAGGGCAAAUGGAUGUUCUUCUGCAGGCCCUGCACCCUCAGACCUGAGGGAGAAACUAGUGCAGACAGACCACACUGAACUCAGUCAGACCACAAUGUAUAGAGACCUAUAUUUGGAGGCUCUAAACAGGGUUGGUGAUUUGGAGAUGGACGAUAGUUCUCUACAGAAUCUUACCCAGUGUAUGCAGGACACGAGGGUCACCAUGACCUCUUUGAGUUGUGACACGGAUGCUGCUCUCUCUAACAUGAAGCAAAUGGGAAAUGAGAUCAGAGAGGACUGUCAAAGCCUUGUUUUACAUUACGAUCAGAUGAAGUCUCUGUUAAAGAAAACAAAGGAAAUGCAGACAACAAUGAUGCAGAAGGUCAAAGAUGCUCUUCACCAAAGAGAUGACAUGAUGAUACAGAUGGAGGAGGCCUUCAGAGAUAAGGAGGCGGCCUUCAGUGCAAUGGAACAGCUGAGGACACACUGCGCCACAGAAAUCUCAGAGCUGGAGAGGAUUGUUGGGUCUCAGCAAGAACUGUCAGCUGCCCUAGACCAGACUCACCCACAACAGGUUGCAUUAAACCAGGCCUGCGCUGAAAUGCUAAAUUCUGCUUCUGAUGUUUUGUCCACAACCAUGGAUGAACAAUCCAGUUUGAUGAAAGAACUCUGCACAGUCAGAGGCCUGAUGCAGAAAACUGCUCCCAUGCUUCUGAAGCUAAAUAAGAAGGCAGCUGCUGCUUUGAGAGAGAGGGAUGAACACAUGUCUGCAAGAGACCAAGCUGUGGAAGAGAGAGAGCAGAUUGAAGAAGAGUUAAACCAUGCUUAUAUGAAUCUCCAAACUGCCAGAGAACAGAUUAGUGAUUUAACUCUGCAGGGGACAAUUCUGACCUCAGAGAUGGGUGUGCUGCGUCAGAAGCUAACCGAAAGAGAGGAAGAGAGGGGUCCGCUGGAGAGGAAGGUGACGGAGCUGUCUGCCACGGUUUCCUCCACUUUGGCCUCCUACACCUUCUUGGAGCAGUCCCUUGAUGCUGAGACUACAAAGUUGAAGCAGUCAUGGAAAGACAUCCAGCUUGCAAAGGACCGAGCAAAUGAGUUGGAGACCUCACUGGAUCAGUCGGAGCAGCGCGUCUCUGAAUUAAGUCAGGCUCUGGCUCAAACAGAGGAGAAGCUCAGUCACCUGCAGCUCCUCUCAGAGUCCCAGAACCUACAGAUCCAACAGCUCCAGGAGGUUUGCACACAACUUUGUGGUGUGCGGGAGAUGAACGAAUUCUUACAGAUGGAGAAUGAGUUGGCGAGGGAGCAGGUGGUAGAAAGUGAGCGCACGCUGAUGGCCAACCUGCAGGCACUCCGAGAGAGGAACAUCCAGUGUGAGGACCUAAAAGAAGAACUUGGUCAAUUUCAGCUUGAGAACAGGAGUUUGCACAAGGAGCUGGAAACCACAAAGUCCAGAGCCAGUGCAACCCAGCUGGAGCUCGGAGAGAAACUGGCACAGGCGGUCACUGAAAUUACGUUGCUGCAUCACACACUGCGAGGACUGACAAAUGAACUACGUGCAGCACUCAAUGACCAGAAACCAGAACCACCGAAAGAUAAUGUGUAUCAUGCAGUCCACACCGCGGAGCGUCGUCACCCAUCUGCCUCCUUCGUCGAUAGCAUCAUGGUUGCAUUAACUGCUGAGGAGGAGGAAGACUCCUCAACAGAGACACCUCCUGGAUCAGUCCCCUCAGACACGCCAGAGCCUCUGUGUGAAACGUUGUUCAGCGAGACAAGCGCCUUCACACGUGUUGCCAUCACCCCUAAAAAGAAUUUCAGUGCGGUGGAGUUUGAGCCUGAGGAGGACGAUCAAAGCAGCAUGGCAGAGUUGUUUGCUGGCCUGGGCAGCACCGUCACGGAACUUAUUGGCACCCUGAAGCUGCUGCGACAGCGUAAAGAUGCUCAGCUGAAGGAGCUGCACAACACCAUCUCUGGCCUGCAGGUGGAGCAGCAGGCUGCAGACUACAGACACGAGGCAGAGGUGUCUGAGCUCAAUCACCAACUCAGUCGUCUGAACAGCCUUUUUGAGAGGGGAAAUCAGGCCCUGCAGCAGAAAGCUCAGGAUGAGAAAAUGGUGACAAAGUUGAUGGCAGAAAUACAAGAGACCCAGGAAACUCUAAUUAAACACAAGACUGACAGUAACGAAUUGCGGAAGGAGGUGGUUGAGCUUCGGCGUUCUCUCCAGCAGUCAAAGGUAGAGUCUCAAUUCCUGCGGGAGGAGUUGAGGAAAGCUGGAAGCCAGUCAGCUAACCCGGCACAUUUCUUGGAAGAGAAGAUCCAGUUAUUGAGAGAGGUGGAGAGACUGAAGUUGAGUCUUCAGGAGGGGGAGCAGGCCAGAGUUAAACUCCUCGAUAGAGCAAAAAGACAUCAAAUGAUCCACCAGACCAACCAGCAGAAAAGUGAGAAUGAGCUUCAGAUGUUAAACAAAGUGAUUAAUAAAGUCAGAGAGGCUCUGCUGUCUUUGCCGGUGGUUGUGAAGAAUUGUGAACAACUCCAACAACUUAUCGAGUACAUCGGCUGACGUGUUUGCCAUUGUCACCUGCGUUCAUUGUAUUUAUUCAGUCCCUCCAGAAAAAUGCGAUUUAUGCGAUCGCAUAAUUCAAUUCAUAAUCAGCCAAAGUCCACAUAUUUAU